GGUUUUUAAGAAGUUAGCUUGUAAACCUCACAGGCCAAUUUAACCAGUUUUUCUCUUAGAUUUUAGUUCGUAUUCACACGGAUUAUGCCUUACUAUCAAACAUGGGAAGAGUUCGCUCGUGCAGCAGAAAAACUAUAUUUGACAGAUCCAAUGAAGGUCAGGGUGGUUCUCAAAUACAGACACUGUGAUGGUAACCUUUGCAUCAAAGUCACCGAUGAUGCAGUGUGUUUACAAUACAAGACGGACCAGGCCCAGGACGUGAAGAAGAUAGAGAAACUGCAUGGCAAACUGAUGAGGCUUAUGGUGUCCAAGGAAAGUGGUGCCAUGGAAAUGGACUGAACCCCCUUACACAUAGUUGUAUUAACUCUUCUUUGAGUCUAGACUGUGGUGUCAAUAGCACAAACGGAAGAGAACGGAGCUGGAAUGACGACGUUGGAUCAUGAGAGGGGAAAUCAAAAAUGAAAAUGGAGAGCAUAACCUUCGCUGCUCUAAAGAGGGAUUUGCUGAACCUCUUUUAAAAGAGCUUUUAUUUAUUUUCAUUUUUAAGAUGGACUAAAAACAGAUGGAGAGACGCAUGUCUAUUUAUGUAUGUUUUUUUUUUCACAUCUGGAAACGUUCAUGAACAUGUUUAAGUGAAUAUGAAUGAAGCAUGACCUUUUUGAUAUUCGCACAUGCUAUUUUAGUGGAAGAAACAUGCCUCCAAUGUAAUUUAGUAAACUAAUAAUUGCGUUACUCAAUAAAUGUUUAUAUACCCCC